UUUCCCAACGCCGACGUGGAAGUUUUUUGCCUUUCUUUCGACUCCACCUUCGCCUUCGCUCAUAGUCAAAAACACAGCCGGAGCUUCAACAAUUCCACCAUCGUCAUAGUCAUCUCCGCCGCCGCCGCCGCCACCAAAUCCGACUCCUUUCUCUGCCGAUCGAAGCUUCAACGCCAUAUUCUUCCUUCAACAGAGAGAGAGAGGGGAAGAUGGCGUACGUGGACCAUGCGUUUUCGAUAACAGACGAGGACAUUAUGAUGGAUUCGCCGUUCGCGGUGAACAACCGGCCACCAUUCAAGGAGAUCGCUCUCGCCGUCGCUCUUCUCGUUUUCGGCACCAUUGGAAUCGUCGUUGGAAUCGUCAUGGCCAGUAAUCGAGUCGGUGGUGAUCGUGCUCACGGGGUGUUUUUCUCUUUGUUGGGAGGUCUCUUGUUUAUUCCGGGUUUCUAUUACACGCGGAUUGCCUACUACGCUUAUAAGGGUUUCAAAGGCUUCUCCUUCUCCAACAUACCCCCUGUCUAAAUCCUCGUACUUCCAACAACUUCUCUACACUUGUACAGAUUUUCUUCACUGUGAUCUACGUUCUCCCUCCCCUUUUCUUUUUUGACUACUAAUAACAAUGUAUCCGUUUGCUGUUGGUGAAGGAUUCUAUGUGGUUUGCGUGUGCAAUAUCGAGAUAGUUCUUUUUUCAAAGUUUUAUGUGGUUGCGGUCGGUCACACAACCGAUUCAAUGAAGCCCUCUAUAUAUACAUAGUAAAUUUCAGAACAUAAUCGAGUCUUUUAUCUAUA